UUAACCAUUCACCAAAUUUAUUUAUUUUUUUCUUCCAACCCAAAUGUUUAUAAUCAAUCACCUACUACACAAUUUAACCCAAAAAAAAUGUCACAUGAAGUCGGCAAGAAUCAAAUAUAUUACAAAAAAAAAAAAAACUAUAAAAGUAGCAAGUCAUGAACGCCGCCGUCUUCCUCCACCGUAACAAACGCUAACGUCAUGCUAACCUGCGCAUCUACCUUCUCUACACGGUGGAGUCGCAUCGUCUUUUUGCUCCUCUGUUCACCUCUUCUUCUACCUCUUCUCUGCCUUUCAAUUCCUCUCCUCUGCGCCGUCGAGAUUUUUAGCCGCCUCCUCAGUUGUAUCGUGAAAGCUCCAACUUCCUCCGCCGUGUCGGAAGUCCUUGCCGUCGAUGAAGAUGAUUUACGGCUCCGGCGAUGUGAAGAAGGAUUUGGAGUGAAAGAAAAAGAUGAGAAAGAAGAAAGUAGUUUGCUUGAUAGAUACUUAGAUGAUCAGUUGAGUUUGGCUAAAUCCAUUUGCGAAGAUGACGGCGAUCGUGAUAGUGAUUCUAUUAGGGUUCCUCUUUUGUCGUAAAUCUUUUUUUUUUUUUAACUAGUAAAAUGUAAAUAUAGAUAGAAUAUACUUUCGAUUAAUCUCAAUUUAUGAUAAUAACCACAAAAAAAAA